UUUUUCGCCAUUUACGUUACGUUACUGCGCAGAGGACAAUCAAAAUCAACCAACACCUGCGGGUCCUUUUUAUCCUUAUCAAUCCACCACCAUAUGCUGUACUGUGCUGUGCUGUACUGUGCUGUGCCCCUUCACACCAAAAACCAAACUUCCGUCCCUUUAACUACUCUCUUCGAUCAAUCCACAACAGCUGAGAGGGGGGGGUCGCUGUAACUGCGUAUAUUCUCUAGAUCUGCACACUAGGCUACGCUACCCCCUCCAUCAAUCAAUCAAUCAAUCCCACACACCGACCUCUAACUGCUCGUCGUCGUUCCUUCCUGAGUACGGAGUCGUUAACCUAGGUAGCUCCAGAGAAUUAUGCUAGGGGGCACAGCGUCCUGUGAUCUCGCAUGGUGUUGUUGGGCUGGUUAGGGAUUCUUUUUUAUUUUAUUUUAUUAUUUUUUUGUUCGAUAUAUAUUUUUGUAGGUGGUGGGUGAGAUGGAUGAAGGAUUGCCAACAAUGAGCACCGACGGGCAGACGGACUCACAGAACCUCGCACAGAACCAGGGCCAGGGCCAAGGCCAGAGCUCGGGUUCAGGUCAAGGCUUGCAGAGCAUUGCGUGCGAUGAGUGUAGGCUUCGGAAAUCGAAGUGCUCGAAAGAACGACCAACAUGUUCGCUGUGUAAGCAGUUGAAGAAGGAGUGUGUAUACAGUCCUAAGGUGGUUCGAACACCUUUGACGCGACAGAACCUUACAAAUGCUGAAGAGCGCAUACGAAAGCUGGAGGCAGUAAUCUCAACAUUGUUACCCAAUGUUGACAUCGAAGAGUUCCUAGGGUCCUCUUCUCCUCAGCCAUCUGAUGAUCAAUGCCCACUGGAAUCUGAACCCCCCCAAAAACCUGUCUCUGUGGUUAUCCCGAAAGACGCUGCAGCAGCUCCGGAAGCUGCGUCAGAGGCACUCCCCCAGCUUGCAGAUGGAUUUGACUGGGCUGAAAAAGAACUUACUCUUAGCGAGCUAUCUGAUGGCAUGGCAGCUCUUUCAAUCCGGCCUGAAGGCGCGGGAUAUCUUGGCGGUCCUUCAAGCGUUGCGCCGCUUCGAGCACUCUUUAUGGGUGGCUGGGAUGUGAAUUCCCCAAGUCAAUCAGCAGCAGCUGGCAAGGCUGCACCUGAGUCUCAGUCCAUGAUGUGGCAGUCGACGCAUCCGGGGAUAGCACCUUCACAAGUCGUGGCUCAGACAGUUAUAGAUGCAUAUUUUGCCAACUACCACACGAGCUACCCAUUCCUCCACGAGGAAACGUUCCGAGCUCAGUUCAACGAACAAAUCCCUAGACCACGGGGCCAUGCAUGGCCGAUCCUUCUUAACACCGUUCUUGCUCUUGGCGCCUGGACCCUUGGAGAUGAUAACGUCGAUAUCCACGAAACGUUUUAUAACGAAGCCAACCGAUAUUUGCAAGAUGUUUCGGUCUUUGAGGUGGGGAAUUUAGCAUGCGUACAAGCGUUCCUGCUUCUUAGCAAUUAUACGCAAAAGCGCAACAAACCCAAUACCGGCUGGAAUUACCUGGGACUUGCAAUACGGAUGGCGCUGAGUUUGGGUCUCCAUAAGGAGUUUCCACAGUGGAAUAUUAGUUUGCUGCAGCGGGAAAUGAGGCGAAGGGUCUGGUGGGGUACUUUUAUCUUUGAUAGUGGUGCCUCCAUCACAUUUGGACGGCCGAUUCUCCUACCUGAUGCGUGCAUCAUGGAUGCGAAGCAGGUGAAGAAUAUUCCCGAAACGGCCUUGACCGCAACAACUACAUCAGACCCAGUGGAGUGCGACCAGCCGACUCUCUACUCAAGCCUAAUCGCCCAGGCAAAAUUCCAUCUAACAACCAACGAACUCUACCAUUGCCUCCUAUCCAACCGCAACCUCUCAGCAGAAGAAACCUUAAAACUACAGAUACCCAUUGAUGACUUUCUCUGCUCCUUACCACCAUUCUUCGAACGUGAUGAUAGCCACUACGACGAUUACAGCCGCUCUAAUGGAAGCUCAAAUUUGCAGCUCCCGUGUUGGUUCGAGUUUGCCAAAAAGCGCCUCUCCUGGCGCCGCUGGAACUUCCAGAUAAUCUUAUACCGUCCUAUUCUACUUACGUGGGCCACGCAAAGAUGGAAGCAGAUGCGCCAGCCGCAAUUUUCCUCUUCCACUGACCCCAACCAAGCACCACCGGCAGACGAGGAGUGCAGAAUGCGUUGCCUACGGGCUGCACGGGCAACGAUCGAGUCGAUAUCAUGCUACAUGGUGUUGAAUCCAUAUACGAGAAUAGCUGGAUGGUAUAUGCUAUAUUUCCUCUUCCAAGCCGCCUUAAUCCCCGUUCUCUUCCUAAUAACAACCCCAACCUCCCCCUCCGCCCCUUCCUGGCUCUCUGAUAUCCACACCAUCCGCUGCCUUCUCAGCCCGCAUAGCUCCCUGGGCAAAAAUAACCGCCUCGCCGCACGCUGUCUGGAAGUCAUAAAUAGACUUUGUGGGCCGGUCGCAUUUCCCUCUCCUUCAUCACCACGCCUUCCCGCCGGAUCAGCAUCAGGGACAACCUUCGACAGUACCAGCGAUGACAAUCCCCAUCAGUAUAUUGAUACCGGCAAUACUACCCCCCUGCCUCCAGUAGCUACGAGUUUUGCGAAGACAGCAGCGGGACCCUCAGGCAAUAAUAAUAAUGUUGUUCGGCGAGAUGAUGAGAAUAAUGAUGAUGGUGGAAUGCAUCAUGCAUGGGAGGCUGAUAUGGCCGGUAUAAUUUCGCAGGAGAUGAGCGUGCAGAAUCAAGAAAUGAUGUUCGGCGAUGCGUAUUCGUUUUUCACGGGCGCGGCUGGGAGUCAUGAGAAUUUUGGCAACCUUUCUGUGGUUCCAGGAGGGGUUCGGGUUGGUGGUGGUGGUGGUGGUGGUGGUGGUGCUGCUGCUGCUGGUGGCCCUCCCGCUGAGCUUGACCAUAUAGGUGGUACUACCAGCGGGAAUAAUAUAUCCAUAGAGAGCACUGCGGCAGCAGAGGAAGGGGUUGGCCCUCCUGUAGCUCCUGCUGGGAUGGAGUUCUUCGAUUGGACAGGCUUUGGUACAGAAGGGGCUUUGGAAGGGAAGAGGUAUUUUUGAAUAACAAAUUUCUCUCUUCGCCUCCUUUUUUUUUUUUUUUUUUUUUUUUUCCCUGUCAUUUUUCCUUGUGAGGGUUACGACGGGAGUUGAGUAGGAAAUCAUCGAAUAUCAUCUACCCUCUUGUAAAAUUCCAUCGAUAAUAUCAUCACCCUUGCAGAGGAGGGUAUUUUUCUAUAUUUCAAAAUCUGUACAUGUAACAGUACAGUACAGUCAGUACAUACUUACAUACAUUCUUCCAUGUGAUUUAUAUUCACAAUCGCCCAAUGGCACAUGUACUAAAGAAUUGAACCUUGAGUGUCUCCCUUCUUUGGGUCUCCCUUCUUUAAACAUUUCCUCAAGCUCAAACAUUCUCCACCCUCACCUCCUCAUUAAACAGACUCUCUUUCAACGCCGCCGCGCCCGGGAGCGGUGUCCCGCGCAGUGCCGCCUCAAUCUGCACAAUACGCUGCUGCUCCUCAUGCGCCGCCGUGUCCCCGAAAACAAGGUCCAUGUCUUCUAGGGUCUAUUUAUUUUUUUCGAGCGUGAGUUCGUUAGUUUUGAAGAUCACACCAAACCACAUACGCUUUGUUGCGGGGAAGGCGGAAGUCAACAUAAUUUUUCCUCUCGUCUCAGGGAUGAAGAAGAACGUGAAUGCCAGCGCGAGCAAGCAGAAGGCGGCAAAGAAUAUAUAUGUGCCCCAGGUGAUGGUUUCGAGCAUGUCAGGGGUGAACCAGGCCGAUUAUACUAGAGUUGAGGUUAAGGGGUUUGUUGUUAGUUGAGAGAAUCCAUUGUAAAUCAUCGUCCCCUUGGUUUUCUUUCUGUAUUUUAACCUACAAAUUACACAUACAUGUUGUGGAGGUAGUUAUCGAGAUAGCCUUUGAACGGAUGGAGAGGUUGAAGAUUUCGGAGGGGAGGACCCAGCCGAUUGGGGCUGGAAUUUGUGUUGACAUCAGCACACCUCGUUUCUUCUCCACGCGAGACAGCUGGAUUGAACACAUGUAUCUCCCCACGACUUUGUUAACAAAUAGGCAGGUAGAAAGCUUAAUAACGUACCGAAAGAAUAAGAAAAGUUGACAUCGUAGAUAUAUAUGAACGCGAUGCCGG